AUGGAAUAUGCCUAUAAUAAAGGAUAUUAUGAAGUUGCAAACAAAUUUUUUAAAGGCAUGUUCUCAUCAUUAUUGAAGAGCAAUGAUGAAAAUAUUGCAAAAGCUAUGUUGGUUGGUGUAUUACGGAUUGCAAAAUCUGGGUUCCUGUCUGGGUUAAAUAAUAUUACGAUAUAUCCUUUCUAUCAAGAAAAUUACAAAGAUUCAUCUUCUCUUUAUGUAGAUAAAUUUGGAUUCAUGUCCGAUAAGAUAGAAUUAUUAUUGUUACUGCGAAGGAGUACCUAUUUAUAUAAUCUGCGGUCUAUUGUUCGUCUGCUUUCAUAUGGUAUCUUGGGUGCAUAUUGGACAGAUACGGGAAGUACUCAAACAUUGGAAAAAUGUCUAUGGAAAGCAAGCUUUUCAUUUAAGGAAUCCGUUAAAAAGUUAUUAAAAGGGAAAAAUAUAAAUAAUGCUAAGAUUCAGGAUGAUCUUCAAUAUUUACAUUUGGAUCAAUGUCAAGAUUUGGCUAUUUGGACACUUCUUUAUUAUGCAGAAUACCUUACUAUGAAUUCCAAGAAGCAUCUUGUUAUUUCAAAUAAAGAGAUUCGUUCAGAAUGGCAUAAUUGGGUAAUCAAUGUACUAUUUUUUACUCAAGGGCAAACUAUCACAUCAAUGUUAGAUAAUCUUUUACAUGGAAAUCUUGAUUUAUUUAGUAAAGAAUUUGAAAAUAUGAUUGUAGAUAUGCUUUCGUUUUAUGAGGUUGGAGGGUCUAAUUCUGGAAAAAAUGCAGAAUAUGUUUAUCAUGUAUUUUGUUUAGGAGUGUUCGCUAAUGCUCAUGAUCAAGGGUUUAUUGUUCAUUCUAAUCGUGAGGCUGGUUUUGGGAGAUAUGAUAUAAAAAUAGUUCCAAAACCAGGUAUUAAUGAGACGGCUAUUAUCAUUAAAUUUAAAGUUGUUCGUGAUAAAAAAAGUUUACACGAUGUGGCUCAAGAAGGAUUACUUCAAAUUGAAGAGAAGCAAUAUCAAGUAGGCCUAGAAGAAAAUAUCAAAAAACUUUUGGAAAUAGGAAUUGCAUUUGAAGAGAAAAAAGCUUGUGUAUUAGGACAUUUAUUGCAUAAAACAGAGGAAGGUGCAUGGAACAAGGAUUAA